AUGACCGGCGACGAUGGCUUUCCGCAAUUCCCACGAUCUGCAUUUCCUGGCCCCCCAAGCAUCAUAUCAUCGCGAAUGACCGACAUCAUGACUGAGGAUGGCGGCGAAGCAGCCGAGGCACCCAGCGUCGCAGCCAACAGGAGGAGCGCAUUGUACUCGGAUGGCACUUCUCGCCCAGGCACUGCAAGGACCGGCAUGACCGGCAUCUCCCAGAGAGCGCCAUGGGGGCAGGCGCCGUCAUUACGGCAAGGACUAGCAGGCAAGCGUGCAAGCAUUGCGGGCAGUGUUGGCGGGUCAUCAGUAGGGGCACGCCCGGGAAGCGCGAUGAGCCGAAGCCACGUCCCGACACUCACAUCGCAUGCCUUCUUCCGGCCGAUGAGUUCACAAAAAUUGCAAGCCCAAAGAGGUCUCGGUAGGCCAGGUACCAUGGAGCAACGCCGCUUCUCUCAAUAUUCAAACGGAGGAGAAAAUCGGAAUAGCAUGAUUUCGGGUCCAGACACCCAGGCUGGCGCGCAAUUGGAUGGACAAGCCGGCGACGGAGACCUGCGGCCACCGCCUUCACGGGGCACAGAGUUCACCGAGCAGGAGGGGUUUUCCCACAUCACGGCUACUACAAGCCCAACACAUGGCCAUUAUCCCGCUUCGAGCUUAGCAGAUAGUGUCAAACCCCUACAGGGAAGGCGAGAUGCCGGAAAGAACCUUGUUCUGGAUCUUGAUGGCAGCAACAGCAAAACUCACAAGACACCAGUCAACAUCCCGACGCCGAUUCGUACCCCACGUUCACUACGGUCCAGCUUCAUCUUGCCGCGCGGUGAUGCUGGUGGCGGUAAUCGGGAAAUGGAAGGGGGAGAGAAGCUGGAAUCCGUUGCUUCGACUCCCAUGCCUCCAGGAACCCCUAAGGAACGGCCAGAGUCCAAAAAGAAACCAAAUCUUGGUCGGAAUUAUGAAUAUUUCGAAGGGAGUACGAUCCUGCCGCGAAACCUGCACAAGUUUCCCCCAGAAGAAGAGGACCCCGACCCGUACCGACUUGGCCCUCCGACAACAGAAUGGGUGCUAGUCAAGUCGUACGAAAAGAACACGGCCGCCAUGGAAGUGCCCACCAAGUUCUGCAAGACCUGCAACAUCUGGCGCCCCCCUCGCGCCCACCACUGCCGUCUCUGCGACAACUGUGUCGAAACACAAGACCACCACUGCGUCUGGCUCAACAACUGUGUCGGCCGCCGCAACUACCGCUACUUCUUCACCUUUGUCGCGAGCGCCGCCGUCCUGGGCCUCUACCUCUCCGGGGCCUCUCUCGCCCAGAUCCUGGUCUACCAGCGCCGCGAGGACAUCUCCUUCGGCUCGUCGAUAAACCACUUUCGCGUGCCCUUCGCCAUGGUCAUCUACGGCAUCCUGGCUGCCGCGUACCCCGCCGCCCUCACCGGCUACCACGUUUUCCUGAUGGCGCGCGGCGAGACCACGCGCGAGUAUCUCAACUCGCAAAAGUUUCUCAAGAAGGACCGGUAUCGGGCUUUUACGCAAGCGAAUUGGUGCAAGAACUGGAUUGUGGUUCUCUGUCGCCCGAGACCGCCGUCGUACUACCAGUUUAAGCGCCGGUAUGAGGAGGGCGAUCAGCGGCUCAGUGCGCAGAAGAGGACGCAGGGGAUCGUCUUCGGCAGGCGCAAGCGCGAAAGGGAUGAGGGCAUGGAGAUGCAGGACGUUAGAGGCGGGCCGAUGGAGUUUAUGGGACCCGUGGCCUUGAGGGAUGCGGCGAGGCCUGUUACGAUGCCGAAGGUAUGA